AUGGUGGAGACGCUGGCAAACCGAGACAGGUCGGACUCAUUGUCGUCGACGGUCUCGUCGAUUCCUGAGCCUUCGGUGGUGGAGAACGCUCUGAAAUCCGGUACGGCGACGGCUGCCAGCAAGAACCGCCGGCCAAUCGCGAACCUGGUCAGUGGGCUGCACUCUUUGACGUCUUUACUGGAGAAAGACAAGGCGCAACAGAGCAGUACAAACCGCAGUGCUCCCGUGGUGAAUGCCCUGAAGCUGGCGGAGAAGUCGCGCGUCGCUGAAGAGAAGAAGCGACUGGAAAAAGAGCGACGGAAGGCGCUUCUGAAGAAGAAGAUGGAGGAGCACAAGAAGGCGGCGACACUUAAGGAGAAGGCCGAGAAGGACGCCCAGGCCAAACGGGAACAGGAGCGCUUGAAUGAGCGGAAGAAGCGAGAAGCCGAACUCGCGAGAAGACGCCAGCAGAAGCUCAAGGAGAUGCGCGCAGGUUUGGAGAAGAAGCGGGCGAUGUUGGCAGCUGAGAAGAAGGCGGCGGCGGCCACCAAGUCUGCGACUGCAGCUGCUAAACCUCGCGGACUGGCGAGUGCGUCGGAAUCGUCUCAGUCUACUGCAAAGCCAUCGGCUCCAGUAUCGAAACCAGCGCCCAAGCCGGUGUCGAAAGCCACUCGCCCGAGAUCGUGA